UAACUUUGAAAAAGGUAAUCUGUUGGUGGCAUUAAAGAAGACACUGAAGAACAUCACCUAAGAGAUUAUUUUGAACAGUAUGGAAAAAUUAAAGUGAUUGAAAUCAUGACUAAUCGAGGCAGUGGCAAGAAAAGGGGUUUUGCCUUUGUAACCUUUGACAAUCAUGACUCCAUGCAUAAGACUGUCAUUCAGAAAUACCAUAUUGUGAAUGGCCACAACUCUGAAGUUAGGAAAGCUGUGUCAAAGCAAGAGAAGGCUAGUGCUUCAUCCAGCCAAAGAGGUCGAAGUGGUUCUGGAAACUUUGGUCAUGGUCAUGGAGGUGGUUUCAGUGGCAAUGACAACUUUGGCCAUGGAGGAAACUUCAGUGGUCAUGGUGGCUUUGGUGGUAGCCAUAGCGGUGGUCAUCACAGUGGCAGUGGGAAUGGGUAUAAUGGAUUUGGUAAUGAUGGAAGCAAUUUUGGAGGUGGUGGAAGCUACAAUGAUUUUGGCAAUUACAACAAUCAGUCUUCAAAUUUUGGACCCAUGAAGGGGGGAAACCUUGGAGGCAGAAGCUCCGGCCCUUAUGGUAGUGGAAGUCAAUACUUUGCCAAACCAUGAAACCAAGGUGGCUAUGGUGGUUCCAAUAGUAGCAGUGGCUAUGGCAGUGGCAGAAGAUUUUAAUUAGGAAACAAAGCUUAGCAGGAGAGGAGAGCCAGAGAAGUGAUAGGGAAGCUACAGGUUAUAGCAGAUUUGUGAACUCAGCCAAGCACAGUGGUGGCAGGGCCUAGCUGCUACAAAGAAGACAUGUUUUAGACAAAUAUUCAUGUGUAUGGGCAAAAUACUUGACGACUGUACUUGUGACUAAUUGUAUAACAGGUUAUUUUAGUUUCUGUUCUGUGGAAAGUGUAAAGCAUUCCAACA